AUGUCUUCUGAUAAGGUAGAGGAUUCGGUGAAGUUCUAUCUUCCAGAUGAAGAAAAUCUCAAUAAGUACUACCAUAAUAAAACAAUUGAAAUUUUAUUGACCGACGAAGACGAAACCCAGCAAAAUGAUGAUGAAAUUGUCUCUGUCAACAUUCCAAAAGAUUUAACCGACGACCCAACUGAACUUUGUACUUUAUUGGAAAACUAUUCUCAGAAGAAGGAAAUUUGGCUUUCUUUUGCCGUGUCUUACGCGUUACAAAACAAAUUCAAACAAUCUGCAGAAUUAAUCAAGUCCGCUUUCCAAUCAAACCAACUUCAGCAGGCAGGUAACUUUCAGAAAUUCAAUUUCCAUUUGUUUACCGCCUGUUUGAACAUCAGAAAGGCCAGGGUUGCCAAGACCAUCGAAGAGAAGGAAGAAUGUUUUAGAAUUGCCGACAAUGAACUCGAUAUUGCCUUCUCCAUCAAUCCAGUUUCCAACGAAGCUUUAUUAGCCAGAGCCAUUCUUAUGUCAUUGAGAACCCCAAGUGACUAUGAUGGAUUGUUGGCUUCUUUUGAAAAAGUAUUGAAGAAGGAUGAAAAUAACGCCUUUGGAUUGUUUGGUAAGGCCAAGAUAUUAUUCAAGAAAAGAAAUUACACAUUGGCUCUCAAGAUCUUCCAGCAGAUUUUAAUUUUGAACCCAUUAUUGAAACCUGAUUCGAGAAUUGGUAUAGGUUUAUGCUUUUGGUUUCUUGGGGAUCUUCAUUCAGCCAUCGACGCUUGGGAAAGAUCUUAUGAAUUAUUCCCGAAGGAUUUUACUAGCGGGUUAUUGAUUUCUAUUGUGAAAUUUAACAGAGCGUUUAAUGAAUCAUUAACCGACAAUGAGUUCAUCAAGCAAUAUUCCGAAGUUGUCAGUAUUGUGGCAGAUUUUUAUAAUGGAAAAACUCUUCCGGAAUAUGAAAAUAUUAAACUAAAAUUGGAAGACGACGUGGAAGUUCAUGAAGAUAGCAAAAGCUCAGUGACACUGGGAAUAUAUAAAAGAAACCCAUAUUUACUCAACAUCUUAUGCUCUUAUCUUUAUUCUAAAGGUAAGUUUGGCUUGUUGAUUAAGAUGGUGGAGGACUUUCUUGGCCAGUCAGCAAGUACUUUAGAAGCUUAUAAUAGGGUUGCGGUUUCCGAUUUAUUCUUUUGGUCAGCAAGAACUUAUUUUUCUCUUGCCAACAGCGGUAUUGAAGAAGAUCAUGAUUUGCCACCUCACGUGAAUAGCUUGCCAAAAGACUCAUUAUUAAAUAAAUCACAACAAAUGAUAACCAAAUCCCUAACUUAUGACAAAAAGAACCUUUACUCAAGAUUUUUGUCUGGUCAAAUACAAUAUUUGAAGAAGAAUAUCAAUGAUUCUAUAUUGAUCUUUGAAAACCUCAUAAAGAACCUUGAAGGGGAGAUGGGUAAUAGUGUGAACAAGAAUUCCAAGAACGAAGCCAAGGAUAAGUUGGUGGAAAUCAAUUAUAUGCUUGGAUUGUUGUACCAUGAAAAAGUGUUUUCUGAGGAUGGAGAAAUCACCAAGGCUGGAUCCGUGAGCGCAUUAACUAAGCAAACCAAGUCAAUGGACUCAAAAUCGUUAAUGACAAAGGAAAAUAUCGACAACGUCAAGAAAUCAAUGAGUUAUUUAUCGAUAUACUUGAAAUUAUGUGGGCAACUUAAAGAAUCAGUGAUUGUCAAUGCUUACUUGACCAACGCUAAGAAUUACGAGUACUUGAACCAGUUUGAUAAGGUGCUAACCAAUUUGGAAAAAGCAGUGGAAUUAUACAAGAUUCACGGAGGGGUAUUGGAUUCUGAAGGAGCUUUGAUUGAAGAUCCUGCUAAACAAAUUCCUCCUGAAAUCUUGAAUAAUAUUGGAGUUUUCCACUUUUUGAAGAAUAAUCUUGCGGCAUCGAAGCAAUUCUUUGAGGUUGCAGUGAAGUCAAACGAUUUGUUAUCCAAUGAGUUUAGUGAGGAUCAAAAGACCACAAUUCAAUAUAACCUUGCUAGAGUUAAUGAAAACGAAUUGCUUCUUCAAGGGUUGUCUGUCAUUAAAGAGGAAGCUGUUGAUGCCACUGGCGAUACUACAAUGAGGACAGAAGAAGAAGAUGAUGACUUGAUGACCUCGACCACCAAGCAAAUCCAGAAAUUGUAUUCGGAUGUUAUUGGUAGGGCUCCAAAUCACGUGUAUUCCAAAAUGCGUUCUUAUUAUUCUUUGGCAUUGGACCCAUUGUACACCGCUUCCAGUGAAAGACUCGAUGAGUUAGACGAAAAAAUCCGCCUGUUACUCAAUUCGUACGAAUCAAGUUUGGAAAUCCGUGCUUUCUAUGGUUGGUUCAUGAAAAAGUUUAAGAGAAGACUUACGAGUUAUAAUGAAACCAUCAAAAGUCAUAACCCAGAAGAUAAAUUGUACAAGGAUACAUUGACGAAAUAUGAUUCUCAUGAUUGUUAUUCAUUAAUUUCUUUGGGUAAUAUUUAUCUUUUAUUGGCUCGUGAGGCCAAGAAUAUUGUAAAGCUGAAGGGGAAGAAAGCGUCAUCUGCUGAGAUUGCUAAGCAGAAUAAUUUCUACACCAAGGCCACCCAGUUAUAUCAAAAAGCCUUGGUGGUUGAUCAUUUCAAUUUAUUUGCUGCCCAAGGGUUGGCAAUCGUGUUUUCGGAAUUGAAACAAUCUGAUGUUGCGCUUGAAAUUUUCAAGAAAAUUAGAGAUUCUUUGAAUGAUGUUUCCAUUUUCAUCAAUUUAGGUCAUGUUUUGAUUGAUAUCGGGCAAUUCAGCAGGGCCAUUGAAUGUUAUGAGAUUGCUGUUAAUAGAUUUGGUGGACCCGGAGCUUCUUCAGUAUUAGCUGAUAACAACAAGGACGAGAUUUUAGAUAUUUUCAAUGAGGAUGCCCUUGCAAAGUACAAAGAUGAUCUUCAGUCAUUGACCACUAAUAGUAGCUAUUUCACUUUGUUGGGUAGAGCUUGGUAUUGUAGAGGGGUUGGUGAAAAAUCAUUAGAUUCGUUGAGAAAUUCGUUGAAGUUUUCAGAAAAGGCGUUCUUAAUUGCGUAUGCCCAACAUUUGAAGAAUCAAAACUCCCAAGUGUUUUUGCUUCCAUCAUUGAAAUUCAACAUUGCGUUUAUUUAUUUCCAAAUUGCGGAAUUUGUUAGAAAGACCCCAAAUAACAAGAGAACUGCCGAAGAAAUCGAGAAGACCAUUGAAGGUUUGGAUCUUGCUAUCAAGAUCUUGGAAGAAUUGGCCGGCAACAAGAAUCCUCCAUAUCCUCCAACCGAAUUGAACCAAAGAGCUACUAUGGGUACCAACACCAUGAAACCACAAUUGGCUAGAGAACUUGAAAGUCAAAAGACUUAUGAGAAGGAAUACGCCGAUAAGAUUAUUGAAGGUAAGAAGAUCAGAGAACAAGAAAAGGCGAAGAUGGAAGCCGAACAGCUUAGACGUAAAGAGAAUGAAGAAAAGAUCAAAGAAAAGCUAAGAUUGGAAAGAGAAGAGCUACAAAAGACGGCGAUUGAAUGGGCCACCGAAUUAGCCGAGAGAAACAAAUUGGCAGAAGCACAAGAAAGGCAAAAGAAGGGCAAAAAGACCGAUUCGGAUGGGUUUGUAUAUGAGGAUUCUUCUGAAGAUGAGAACCACGACGGUGAACCUAAAGAAGAAAAUGAUUCUAAGAAGAAGAAAUCGAGAAAAAGAGCCGCUGGUGGUGAAAAGAGAAAAAGAGAACCAAAGGAAGAUGAUGGCAAUACCGGUGGCCGUAAAAGAAAGUUGGUUAAGAAAUAUAAGUCAGCUGAUGUUAUUGAGGAUAGUGAUGAAGAGGCUGAUUAUGCACUCGCUGGAAGAAAGGAUGAUACCGAGACUCAUGAAGAAGAAGAGGAAGAAGAAGAAGAAGAAGAAGAAGAAGAAGAAGAAGGAGAGGAAAUGGAGAACGCUGACGGCGAUAAGAAUCAAGAUGCUGAUGUUGAUGAAGAUAUGAAAGAGGAGGUAGAUUCUGAUGAUGUGAAGGGGGAAAUUGCCGAAGAAGCAGAUGUAAAAGAGGAAGAAGAAGAUGAAGAAACUGCAGACUCUAAGACAAAUAAUGAUGAAGUUGAUGUCGAAGUGAAUGAGGAAACUGAGGCUAAUGAGGAAAAGGAAGAAGAAGGCAGUGAAAAAGGAAACGAAGAAGGAGCUGAAAAAGUAGAUGAGGAAGAAGCUCUAAAAGAGCGGGAUGAAAAUGAAGAUAAUGAUGAAAAGGAGGAGACUGUGGAAAGUUCAGAGAAAGAGGAUAACUAA